GAACCCUGCAGUGCGUGGGAUCAUAGAGUGACUUUAAAAUUGGGAGCUAAGAAAAUAUAAAGAUGAACAGUGAAUGCAUACUCCCACAGAUGUGUGUUUUAAACGAGGAAGAGGGAUGCCAUUUAUUUAUGAUCUAUAAAUCGAGCCUUUAAAUUGAUUAUUUAUCAAGUCAGUGGAGUUACAGGAUGAGACUGGGGACGCUCUUAGUUUUUAUAUGGAUGUGCGCAUCUUCUUCUCCAUCAGCCGAGCAUCUUAAAGUGAAGGAUCCAGGUCUCCGGAGCCGCUGCUUUGGCCGAGCCUGCAACCCUCCCAUGGGUAACCUCGCUCUGGGCAGGCUGCUCCGCUCUCAGUCAGUCUGCGGCUCCAACUCCUCGGAGCGCUUUUGCUUCUUUAGUCAGACUUCCAGCCCUCACAGCAAGCAGUCCUGCUCCGCACCCAAAUGCAGCCGCUGCGACGCGUCCAAGCCCGGCCGGGCGCAUCCUCCUUCGGCCAUGAGCGACUCCUCUUUCCGCCACCCGGACACCUGGUGGCAAUCAGCUGAGGGGGUGAAGGAGGAGACGCUCCAGCUGGACUUGGAGACGAAGUUUCUCUUUACUCAUCUGAUCGUGGUGUUCCGGUCCCCCCGCCCUGCUGCCAUGGUGCUGGAGCGCUCCAAGGACUUUGGGCGCACAUGGGAGACCAUGAGGUAUUUUGCCAGCGACUGUGAGAAGAUGUUCGGCCUGGCAGAGGGUUCACCUGGAGGGGUCAGCGGUGCAACCUGCACCUCCAAAUACUCAGGAGCUUCUCCCUGCACCAAAGGAGAGGUAAUCUAUCGAGCCUUGUCUACUUGGCACUCAGUGGAUCCUUAUGGCCUGGCUGCUCAGAACCGGCUGACUGUCACUAACCUGAGAGUUCGCCUCCUGCGGAGGCAGCAGUGUCCGUGCCAGACAAACCAUCCUGGAGCUGCUGCUCUCCCAAUAAACCACUACGCUAUCUACGAUUUCAUUGUGAAAGGCAGCUGCCUUUGUAACGGACAUGCUGACCACUGUGUGCCGGCCAGAGGCUAUCAACCAGGCCCAGAGAUAAGCAGUAGCAUGGUCCAUGGCAAGUGCGUUUGCAGACACAACACAGCCGGCGACCACUGCGAACGCUGUGCCCCUUUCUACAAUGACCUACCAUGGCAGGCAGCCAACGGCAUCAUGGGCACGCCACACGAAUGUCGGAGAUGUAAAUGUAACGGUCAUGCCAAGAGCUCCCACUUCAGUCGAGGACUGUGGUUAGCUACAGGACGGCGCAGUGGAGGUGUUUGUGACAACUGUCUCCACAACACAGAGGGACGUCACUGUCAGAAAUGUAAGAAAGGCUUCUACAGAGACCCAAGUCGUCCAAGAACCGCUCCUGAUUCCUGCAAACCCUGCUCCUGCCACCCUACUGGCUCUGUCCCCGCUGGUGGUGGCACCUUCUGUAACCCUAGCAGCGGGGCAUGCACUUGUAAACCUGGUGUGGAAGGUCCUCACUGUGACAAGUGCAUAAUGGGAUACUGGGGAUUUCAUGACUAUGGCUGCCGUCCAUGUGACUGCGCAGGGGGCUGUGACCCCUACACAGGUGACUGCUUAUCUGGCUUUGAUGUGGAAGUCCUCCAUGCAGCUGCUGGAAACCCAGGAAACAGCAGCAAAAAUAGUGAGACAGCACUAUUAAGAGUGGAGGAGCUUUCCUCUGCACUGCACCAUUCUGAGAAAUGUGAAUGCUCUGAAGUUAAACUGGUCAGCCCUAAAUGGUUCUGCUUAGCCAAGUUUGAUUACGUUCUGGUGGUGAAGGCGAUGUCUGCUCAUGAUAAAGGUUCUCAUGCCGAGGUGGAGGUGAAGAUUAAAAAGGUUUUAUAUCAGAGCCCUGGGAUGAAGAUCCAGCAUGGAAGUGUCACACUUUACCCUGAGUCCUGGACCGUCCGAGGCUGCACCUGUCCCAUCCUCAAUCCAGGGCAUGAGUAUGUCGUGGCUGGUCAUAAAUGCUGGAAAACUGGCCGACUGGUGGUGAACACCAGGAGCUUUGUUAAACCCUGGAAGUCGAGCCUUGGAAGCAAACUCCUCCACAUUAUCAGGAAGUACUGUGGACGCAGGUAAAAGCCUGGGUCACCCUUCAGCAGAGACUGUUAUCUGUUAUUUGGAUGGUAAAACAAAUAAUGGACACCUUUUUUAUUUCUGGUCCCCAAAAGGACUUUAUAGGACAGAAAAACCACAAAAGACUUUUGGUUUUGCUCUUUCUAUUAAGGACGGAGAAGAACAAAAAAAAUGGAUGGUGACUUUUAUUUGGAUAUAUCUAAUGUUCUUAAAUUGUUCUGAUGUGGAGCUUGAGAUUUUUAUUGUUUCACUUGUUUUUUAAAAUACAGAGUAUUUUUUUUUCUUGCUAGGAAAUGGGUUUAUGGUCCUAGUUUGGCUAUUUAAAUGAAAAAAACGUAUAUUUUUUUUUUAA